AUGGAUCUCAGCAUUGUAAUGAAGCAUCUGCCAACAGACACCAAGCAUUGUUCAAAUGCAUUUGCUUUGGAGAAACCUUUCUUUGCCCCUCUGUGGGACUACCUUAGGAUUAACCACAAUGAAGUAAUAAGAUCUCCUUUGCUUCCAGUCUUUCUUUCUAUCUUUACAUAUCUCAGCCUUUGUUUGUUCUACAUGACUUUGGAUCUUCUAGCUCCACUGGUACCUUCUAUUAAUCGCUACAAGAUACACCCUGAAAACCCUGUGAAGGCACUGGACAUUUUGAAGGCGGUUAUACUAACCUUGUACAACCAUGUCAUCUUUGUUUUUCCGGCAGCUGUGGCUCAGUGGUAUUGGAGGCCAAAGCUUCCACUGGUGGAAGAUGCUCCAACACUUCUGGAAUUCUCUACAGGCAUUAUUGGAUGCACCAUCCUCUUUGAUUCCCAGUACUACAUCUGGCACCUUGUGCACCACAAGUCCCGGUGGCUCUAUGUAACUUUUCAUGCCACCCACCAUGAAUAUCACACAACAUUCUGUUGGGUCACCCAGUACAUGUCUGCCUUUGAGCUAAUGAGUGUUGGCUUUUGGACCACUUUGGACCCUGUUCUUCUUCAAUGUCACCCCCUUACGGGUUAUGCCUUCAUGGUCUUCAAUGUCUGGAUAUCAGUGGAAGAUCACAGUGGCUAUGAUUUUCCUUGGGCUCUGCACAAUCUUAUUCCAUUUGGGCUCUGGGGUGGCUCAGUCAAGCAUGACAUGCACCAUCAGAAACCAGCAACCAACUUUCAACCUUUCUUCUCUCACUGGGAUUGGCUUGGAGGCACCUAUUUCUAUCAAAAUAAGUCCUCUAGAAAUAAGGACAAGAAUGAAAAGAGACUGACAUUGUUGUAAUGUGGUGGAAUGUUAAAUGGAGCAUUUUACAGUAACUCU